ACAUCACCCACCCCAUCCCUGACCUGACUGGCUUCAUCACCGAGGGGCAGAUCUACGUUGACCGGCAGCUCCACAACAGGCAGAUCUACCCCCCCAUCAACGUGCUGCCCUCCCUGUCCCGCCUGAUGAAGUCGGCCAUCGGGGAGGGCAUGACCAGGAAGGACCACGGGGACGUGUCCAACCAGCUG